AUUGUUACCAAGCCGUAAAAGAUGCUGGUCGUUACCGCGAAUGUAAACGUACACAGGGCAUUUCCACUACAGAGCUUGUAGGACGUAUGUUACUUAUGACGCGUGAUCAUCAUAAACGUAAGUCUUCUAUUGCGUCCGUCAAUAAUGAAGAUUUGAGCACCUUCAGCAGUAGUCCAUCUAAGCAAAAUAAAGUUGUUUAUGUCGACGGUACCUUUGAUCUUUUCCAUGUUGGACAUAUCGAAUUUUUGAAAAGAGCAAAGGCUUUAGGUGAUUAUCUCUUAGUUGGAGUUCAUGAUGAUCAGUACGUUGAUGAGGUAAUAAUCGGUGCUCCAUACAGCGUCGAUGAUAAUGUAUUAUCCAAGGUUUACAUAGUAGACAUUGUUGCUCACGGAAAUACGCCUUCAUUACCUGAUAUUAAUAACAAAGACCCAUAUGAGCUUCCUAAAAAAAAAGGAAUUUAUGUUGAAAUAGAAAAUCCCUCCGCGGAUUUGACUACUGAUGGCAUCAUUGAUAGGAUUAUUAAACAUCAUCCCCAAAUUUCUGGGUCGGAUCCAUUGGAUUUAGGUCGACAUUUAGCAGGCCAAAUUUAUCAGCUUGGUCAAAGUGUAGAUCGCACCUUAUAUGGGGGCCCGUUAAAGCCAGGUUCACAUCCAAUGCGCCAAAUUUCAAAAAAAUUUUAUGAUAAAAAUGAUAAAAAAAAAAUAUUAACCAAUUAA